GUAGUACUUUUAAGUGCAGCAAGCAUACUCAACUCCAUGUCUUAGUGCAAUAGCGCUAUGAUACGUGGAGUUUUGGCUACUGACGUCUUAGUACCGUGCUACUAUGAUACGUUGGUGAUAUUUUUAGUUAACAACAUUAUCAAUUUUGUUACCAAAGUCGAUAGGGAUCAUGUGGGUGUGUUGUGAGGGGGUGCCAUCCGUAUGAUAGUUGCAUUGAUGCUUACUGCUACUUGCAGUAUUGUGACUUGUGAUGGAUCUGCGGGUGUGCUGCACCUGAUUCGACCCAUCUUGUGGUUCUGGUCGAUGGAGGUAUGUGGGUGGUGAUGUCUGCUGGGACUGUAUGGGGGACUUUGGGAUGGUGUAAGCCCGACGAUAUUCGUAUUGAUGCGUGUUGCGUUCUGCAGCAUUGCGUCUCUACGAUGAUUGUUUGGCGGGUCGCUAUUCUCAAUGGCGCUCUCUGCGUCUUAGUUUGACUCACAACCUAAGUAGCUUUGCCCAAGUCGGGUCCCUUCAUUGCGGGGCUGCAGACUGUCUGUCCUCCAUGAUGUUUUAUAUAACAACUUAAUAAUAUAUCUCUAUAAAGUUCCUACCUUUGAAAGAUUGAAGGCAACUUGUUGGUGGGUGAGACAAACAUGAUCGAAAAAUGCAUAUACUUAACGUUAGUGACACAAACCCUUUCUGAUGGCGAAUUAUUACUAUGGCGAAUUAUUGCAUAUUGGCUAUAUCUGCCAUUGUAUUGGUUGGUGGAGCAUAUGUGUCGACCUCAUGCGGGUGGUAGCUGGAGGGAAAAUCUGAGGAGGCUCUCAAGGCUGCGGCCGAAAGCCGCGCAACGUGGGACCCCAUUCCCUUGAGAUAAGCGGUAGACUCAAUUGGUGGUGAUGCCUUACACUCUGCAGCCAUCAAGUCUGCAGGAACGACGGUCUGGCAGGUGGUGGCGCUCACGGAGGGCUUUUUAUGGCCAGUGUGUCUAUUGUUGCCUAACCCGUGUGACGUACAUUCACUGUGGCUGGAUUUGAUCGUAUUCUGUAUGGCGUUUACACGCAUUGACAUGCGCGACUUCGGUCGAUGUUUGUACUUACGCACUAUCAAGGGGCCAAGUCCCCUUUUACUGGUUCGCCAGUUAUUUUGCUGUGGACUACGGUCUAGUUCCCAACUUAGUGUACCCUUCGGGGGGAGCGUAUUAAAAUGGUUGGCGUUCACCGUGCGCAGCGUAUGCGGAGCCGUGUACCUCCUCCACAUAUUUUUUAAGUGUGGGAGACCCUUGUAUCUGGUAUUUGAUAUAAAUAUUGUGAGCCUUUUCCAAGCGGGAAGGGAUUAAUUAAUAAGGAAUUUACUGUUGUGAACCUGAUACAAGUGGAAUAGGGACAAAUUAUUGAUCUUAACUUUUUUUGAGCUGUCUUCAUGAACGGGGUUCUUUAGCUUAUAAGACGCUACCAAUAGCUUUCGAUUGCUCUCGUGAAUAUUCAUUUUUCCAAGAUACACCUAAAAGAAUUAAGUUACUAUACAAACACAACGUAAAUAAGGGUCCUAACUAAGACGAUCACGCCAUAAAUUUAUUAAACGGCCUAUAUUUAAACCUUUAGAAAGACAAGAUAUACUGGUCACGUAAAUUAGAUAUAUUUAUAUAUCUUACAGAGAUAGAUUCUAAAGAAAUACAAGUAUAAGUAUAUAUAGGAAAAAAAGAGGGGGCGGGGGGGUUAGUUACGCUAUGUAUAAUCUAUGAUGACAAAAAUGCGCAUGUGCGACUCUUACUAUUUACCGCGCAUGCGCGAAGAGAGAGUAGUGCACAUUUUUUGUUUGGAAUAGCUUCUCUAGUACGUAUAGUGAAAUUAUUUCGUCCGUGCAGUCGGGAUCAUAAAUUAUAGCUCGGCCUCAGCCCAGCUAGGGUGGUGAGCAUGUUGCGCGGGCGCCAUUAUCAAUAACAAUAAAUGAAUCAUCGAAGGCUGGUACACGGCGGCGGUGCGGUAUACAAAGGGUGGUGUGACAUUGUUAUGUUAUGAGUCAUAUGUUUCCAUUAUUACCCCCGCCUAAUACUUGCAAAUUAGUGCAAUGUUAAUUUAGUACAUAUAUCGAAGAGAAAUUUGUUUUUGCACAUUCGCUCUCUGAAUUUCUUUAGUGACACAAUGACUACUCCUUUGUUUUGUACCAAAAAGGCAGAAUUUAUUCAAAAUAAUAUUUUGCCUGUUGGCAAUGUUUUAACAAUUUUCGCUGAAAUAAAAAUAGAUCCUGAAAAGAUACAAAGUGUUAAUUUCUGCUGUUCUCGUGAACUUGCUUCGGCGAUAUGUGGUGUGUUAGAGCGGUCGACAAAAUUAAAAAAGAGUUUAUAAAGGGAGAAGUUAGCUCUCCCCUAGAAAGCGUCUAUCGGCCUUGUACAGUAACUGUGUUAGACGACUUUGACAAAAGUGUAAUUAAACAAAUAGUGUCAUUGUUUUAUCGCGACGGUGAAUAACCUUCCACGGCUAAAAUUUUGAGUAUAGCAAAAGAAAGAAUUGACGAAUUCCAGUGUUCUAUUUCUUCUAUGCGUAAAAUACUCAUAGAACUUGGGUACAAGUACACACAAGCUCCAGAUGCUCAUAAACAAUUGAUCGAAAUAACUGGCAUCGAUUGUGCGCGGCUACAAUUCCUGAGAAAACUCAAGACCCUGAGAGAUAGUGUAGAUACUCGACCAAGAAUUUAUUUAGAUGAGACUUGGGUGAACCAAAAUCAUAGCCGCAAACGAAUUUGGCUAGACAAGGAUGGACAAGGCGGCUUAAACACAAAAACGGGAAAGGGGGACAGACUAAUUGUUUGUCAUGCAGGCUGCGCAAAAUAUUGUUUUAUACCCGAAGCCAAAUGGGUAUUCCGUGCUGUGAAGUCUCAGAACGAGUACUACCCUUCAGAAAUGAAUGCUGAAGGCUUCAGAGACUGGUUUACAAAGCUGCUGCAGAGUCUUGAAGAACCAUCAGUCAUCAUAAUGGACAACGCACCCUACCACUCCCAGCAAAUAAAUCGGACACCUACAUCAGCUAACAAAAAGAGUGAAAUUCAGGAGUGUCUCCGCCAACACGGGAUAGAGAUUAGUGAUAGUGAGCUCAAGCCGGAACUGUUACAAAAGACCUCAAAGUGUUACUGCAUGAAGCAAUUUCAAACGUUUCGCAAAAGAACUGAGAAGAUUGUGUGAAGCACGCAGAAAAACUCCAAGAGGAAAGAAGACUUGAAGAAAUCUCAUCUGGCAGAAGAUAUCGUAAUUCAUGUGGAUGACGAUGUCUCUGAUGAUUCUGAUGUAGAAUUUUAAUGUUAAUAUUUUUAGAUUUAAUUUUAGAUAUAAGUUAUUAUAUUUAUAUUUAUUUUUAUAUAACUUGUUACAUUCCACAUAUUUGAACUUAUAGUUUUUUUAUAUAUAGAUACCUAAUUAAUAAUUUAUUUUUCUUUUUCAUUAUUAUUCUUAUUUAAUAAAUACGUUGUUUUAUCU